CUGAACGUGUCCUCAUGACUCAUACGGAAGCCCGUGAGAGUCACUGUCUCCGCUGCCACUCGGAAUGUGGUCAGCCGGUCUCUGACACUCUAUUCAAGAUGAUUCCAGCCUGAGUGGACGAGGACCUGGCCAUGGCUCAGAAGGUUUUUCUGAAGAGCCUUACUCCUGUCGGACAGUUUGGGGUCCAACGUUACCUCCCGACUGGAUACACAAGGCUUCUGCGUCUCUCUAAAGGACCCUGUGUAACAUGUUUAGGCAGUUCUGCCGCUAGCUGCAUCCAAAAACAGGGCUGCAGGAGGCUUCAUCUGUCCUACAGGAGCCUCACCUCAAUUGUCAGGGAACCUUCCUUCAUCGCCAGCAGCUCCGUAGGACUCCACAGAGACUCCAUCCCACGGUUUUGUUUAACCCAGCUGCAUAGACCUUCCACUGCUGAGGAGCAGGCGUUUCAGGAGAGUCUAGCGAGAUGCGCCUCGUGCCGCCUGGUCUUCAAACUGCUGCAGUCGGUGGAGAUGAUGUCAGACACCAUGGCGGCUGCUGUUCUACACCGAGUGGCCGAUCUGGAGCGGGAAGGGAACUCUCUGAGGGACCCAUCGGUACUGGAAAAUGACGCCAUCCGGGCCUUGUGUCUGCAGUUGGAGCAAGAUGCAGCUCGACUCACUGAUGCUGGUCUGGCAUCUGCUCUCUUGGCCUGCACUCGCCUUUUUCUGGACCCCUCCAGCUCACUGAUGGUGCACCUGGUGUCCGAGAGCCAAGAGAGGUUGGACCGGGGGAGGAUGGCUGUCGGGCCGCUGUGUGAUCUCGGUCGGGCCGCACAGGCUAUGAGCGGUCCGGACUCUGUGUUGCUGUCUAAAGUGAUCCAGCAGAUCCAGCAGCAGGAGCCAAGCAGUUGGAGCCCGGCUGAACUGGUUUCGGUUUACAGACUCCUGGAAGGAGGCGUGGACGCAGAAGGGAAGUGCAGAGAGCUGUUAAACGCCAUGCACACUCAGGCAGUGACUGCAGCACACAGCAUGGACCCAGCUGCAGUCAGUGGACUCUUCAAUACUCUCAGGAUUCUAAACCAGAGCAGAGUGAUGCCUCUUGUCAUCAGUCUGUGCAAGCAGGCGGUGAGACAUGUCCCCCACUUCUCUGAUGCCGAGCUCAACCAAGUCCUUGAGGGGCUCAUGCACUUCGGCCACAGCGACCGCUACUUUGUCGAGGCCAUUGAGAGAAUUGCCCCCAAGAUGGCCUUCACAUCGGAUCCGGAAACGGUAACCAAGGUGGUAGAGUUCUUCAGCCGGAGGAACAUCCUCUCCACGCAGGUGUUCGACGCCAUUGCGGAGAGUUUUGUGUACCGAGCGGAAGACUACAGCACCAGCCAGGUGUCCAGGCAGUUGAGGGGGUUUGGGAAGUUAGGCUAUCUUCCUCCGGAUGCAGUCAAGCUUUUCGGGAAGGUGGAGCUGAUCCUACGCACUCGCUUCUCUCAAUUCCAACCGCGGGCGCUGCUGAACCUGCUGCACUCCUGCAUCCUGGUGGAGAGAUUCCCCGUCAAUUACGUCUCCAAAGUCUUCAGCAGCUUCUUCCUGCAGCAGUUGGAAGAGGAAGGUGCUGGGAUGAACCGGACUGCGCUGGCCCAGCUGACUCAGCUCUACGUGACGGUCAAGUUGGAGUGUCCUUUCUACACGGGGCCCAAACUGCCUCCCAAGUACCAUGUCAAGUCCUUCCUCUCGCCAGGACAACACCUGGAGACCCCUGUGCAUCCCCAACUGGACAACUCUGUCAAAGUGGGACUGGUGGAUUUGCUUGGGUACCGCUCCCACUUUGGCUCUCGAGUUCUGACGCCGUACUGCUACACACUCGAUGUGGAGAUCAAGCUGGAUGAAGAAGGAUACGUGCUGCCUGCCAGUCAAGAUGAUGCCGAGGUUUUCAAAAGGAUCGCUCUGUGCAUCGACGGGCAGGAGAGGUUCACGUCCAGCACCAGGCAGCUGCUCGGGAAAGAAGCCACCAAGCAGCGACACCUGAGGCUCCUUGGAUACGAAGUGGUCCAGAUUCCCUUCUAUGAAUUUGAAAAACUGCAAACCAAGGACAAAGUGGUGGAAUAUCUGCACAAGAAGAUCUUCCCUCACAGCUACAGACUCAGCUGGUGAAGACGAAGACACACCAGCGCUGCAGACGUCCUACUGUCAUCACGUUUUAAUGCUUCACUUUCAAUAAAAUAAUUUUGUGAAUGUUGAGUGGAGGAUUGAUGAAGACAGGAGUCAUUUGAAAAUAUGUCCUUUAUUAUAGAGAUGCAGUCGACGCUGUAGAAACUGUACAAUUGUCUCUGAGAAUCCUUGCACAAGAGAAGAGGCUAAAGCAAAAGAAACCCAAUCACAUUCGAUGAUUUGUCGGUCAGCAAAGGAGGUCAUCUUGAAGGGUGUGUUGGGUGGAUAAAUAAAAAAGGUAUAAUACAUGU